AUGUAUGGGAAGACACCAAAGAGCAUAUUGACAGACCAAGAUGCUGCAAUGGCUAAAGCCUUAGCUUCUCAAUGGCCAAAAACACAUCAUCGACUAUGCAUUUGGCACAUAUAUCAAAAUGCGGCAAAGCAUCUUAAGAGUGUCUUUGAGAAGUUUAAUGAUUUUGCUAAAGACUUUAGCAGUAUCAUAUAUGACUAUGAAGAUGUUGAAGACUUCUUAAUUGCUUGGGAGAAAAUGCUUGAAAAAUACAAUCUCCAAGAAAAUAAAUGGUUAGACCGAUUAUUUGAUUUGAAGGAGAAAUGGGCUUUAGUUUAUGGCCGGCAAACAUUUUGUGCAGAUAUUAACACCACCCAACGCAACGAAAGCAUGAAUAAUGCUAUAAAGAGGUAUGUGAGUUACAAGUAUGAUUUGUUACGUUUUUUCCGUCACUUUCAAAGAUUGGUUGACGAUCGUCGUUAUAAUGAGUCGGUUGCUGAUUUCAAGGCAAGUCAGACCUCCCCUUCAUUAUCAUUCCCUGUGAAAAUGUUGAGGAAUGCAGCAAAAGUGUACACACCAACAGUGUUUAAAUGGUUCCAAGUUGAGUUAUGUAAAGCUCAUGAUUGCACCUUAAAGUUAUUUAGUGAGAUUGAACCGAUGCACAUAUAUGAAGUUACUGCUCAUGGAAAGCAUUUCCACCAUAUUGUAACAUAUGACUCGGCCGAAAAUACUAUCUCAUGCAGUUGUAAGAAGUUUGAGUUUGCUGGAAUCUUGUGCUCACAUGCUUUAAAGGUUUUGUCAUCUAAUAACGUGAAGACCAUUCCUGACCAAUACAUCUUGAAUAGAUGGAGAAAAGAUAUCAGAGAUCAAAUACCAAAGGUGUCUUGUUCAAAAGCAGAUUAUGAUGAUGAUGAUGAUGAAAAAGCAAAAAUAGCAAGGCGUUAUAAAGACUUGGCUCGCUUGCAUACUGAACUUGCAACAAUUGCUACUGAAUCUGAUGAAGCUUAUGAGAUUGCUACAGUGGCUUUUCACAAAACAUUAGCUGAUGUUAAAGAGACUCUGAAGAAGAAGAAGACCAAUAAAGAAGCACCUCAAGUUACCUCACAUGUCAACAAUUGUGCACCUGAGGUUAUUACUGAUGAUUUUGAUGAGCAUAGAGUCAGAGGAAUUAAAGUUAAAGAAAGAAUUGUUCGUAAGGAGGAUUCCAUCAGACCAAAGAAUGCUUUGGAAAAGCUCCUAGGAAAUAAAAGGCCUAGAAAAGAUGUAGAUAGUUCAUCUAGACACCAGAAGGAACCAGAAUUAGAUCAUUCAACUGUGACCUCCACAUUUGUCCCUGCUACACAAGAUCAAGGCCACACGACACAACAAAUGCAAUUGCCAACACAUCCUUCAGUUGUUGAUUCCAUAAGUGUUCCUACCUCACAAGAUCAAAUGACUGAACAAGAGGUCAUUGUUGCAAAAUCUGGUAUGGACAAUAGAGUUUUACCUAAACCACCACACUUACUUCAGAUUCCUUUAUCUACUAUGCAUGCUAGAAUGGAGCAGCACAUGGAAUUGACUCAUAGAGCCCAAUUCCCAGAGAUUGUUGAUAUGGAGAAGCUGUUGGAGUGA